AUGGAAGAGGGAGAAGUAGACAAUGGGUUUCUUGUUCAUAUUUUUGCAGGAUCUCAUAGUCCGUGCGAAAUAUCUGUACUUAGAAAGAUAUGUAUGAAGUACGGCCUCACUCAAUGGGAUCUUAUGACAGGAUAUCUCCCUUGGAGGCAGCGCGCAUCGCUUAGAACUACAAUAUGCAGACUUUUAAGGAAACAAGCAAUUUCAGAGUACGAUAAUAUACGUGCAGAUCCUAUUGCAAUCCAGAAAGAUAAUGAGGAUUUGAUCAAUAACCCAGAAAAAUUGAAGGAAUCGGGCUACAUUCUGAAAGGAGGCUUACUGGUAAGUACAAAAUGGGAUAGAACAAACUCAGAAUGGGAAAGAGUCAGAAAAGAAAAUACUCAAAAAUAUGAAAUAUCCAAAGAAGAAGCAGAAACAAUUAAUAUCCCAUCCGUAAUAUCAGUCGACUAUAUGCGUCAGCAAUGCUUUCGGAGAAGGCAAUCGUUGCUCCUAUAUAGGGCUGCAUUAUUAGCAGAAAUAGCUCGUCGAGAAGGACGAGAACCAGAUAAUUUAAAUGUAGACGAGCUUCAAAUAAGAUCUGGCUGCGACGUUGUUAUUCCAAAAGCUAAGACAACCCUUGAAUCUGAUCCGGCCAUCAAUGACAUAUUUUAUACACCAGAAUAUGAUUAA